UCGAUGAGUAAUGCCUGGUUCACUCCACGUGCACUUGUUUGGGGAAAGAUGGCGGCUCCCACUAGCGAGAUUGAAGUCAUCGCUGUGAAAAAAACAAAUGUGAGAGGACCGAGGAGAGUGGCCAAUCAGAUUCCUGAUGAGAUUCUCAAAAAUCCAGAGCUCAACGAAGCCAUUAAGGCUUUGCCAGCUAACUACAAUUUUGAGGUCCACAAAACAAUAUGGAGGGUACGACAAGCCAAAGCCAAGAGAGUGGCCUUGCAGUUGCCCGAGGGUCUGCAGAUGUUUGCCUGUGUGAUCGCUGACAUCAUUGAAAGGUAGGUACCGCAUAAACUCACGCAGCGUUCCUCAGGACCUUGCUUAAACAGGAAGAGCGUUUGAGCCUGCAGAAGACCCCUGU